CGGGGUGUUCUCCGCCGGGGUUGCGGGGCGGUGGCGAGGCCGCCUUUGCGUGUUCAUUCCUCCCCCUCCUUCUCCCGGUGUACCGGAUGCGGCGGGGGGGAUGCGCAUGGACCGGGAGGGAUGCGCGCACCGAGGGGGGCAUCACGUCCCGGGGAGAGGGUACCGGGAAGGGGCUGCGGAGGAGGGGAGGAGGGGGAACUGCGGCUGCCAAGGGGGUUUGCGGGGUUCGCGUCUUCCCCGCUGCCGGUGCGGGGACCGAGCGCUUCCCGCUGCGGCGGGGCGCUGGCGAUUCCUUCAUCCCCCGCUGCCGGGGGGAGCCGGGAGCGCCCGGCGCAUCCUCCUCCCUCCGCAGGCUCGGCGGGGCUGGCCGUGACCUCCCCGAGGGCAGCGGCUGCAGCUGGGGAAGUUCGGGGAGCCGCGCUCCCGGUGCGGCGGAGCCUCUGCCCAGGGGUUGGAAAUUCCCUGUGGGAGAAGGCGAGCGGGUGCGGGUCCUGGCGGGGAGGGAGCGCGGCUGCCCGAGUGUCCCCGUUGAUCAGGGAUGGGCAAGCUUUUCUCCGCAUUCGGGUUUCUUCUCUCAUCCUGAGGAAGCGCCUGCGGCAGCUCCGGGGGGUGCGGGCAGCGUUUGCCCUUCCCUGCAAGGGUAGCCCGGCUGGGCAAGGAGAAAUGCAGGAGGGAUUCGUCGCCUUCCCCUGCAGCGCCCCGGCUGCGGGUUUGGGGGUGACUUUGCUCCCACCCCCCCGCCCAGGAGAGGCUGCCCUCCUUCUCCCCCCACUGCAGACUGGCUGCUGUGCUGUGGUAAACUGAGGCACAGGGUUGUCCAAGGUCAGGACGGAGACGGCAGCAAGGAAUAACCCUGAUUUUCCUGCUCUAGCUUCUUUCCCUUCAGCUGCCGCCUCCUUCCACCCCUCCGAGCCAUCCCUGCAGGUAGAGGGGAGCUGCCUGCCGCUGGUGCAGCAGCGUUCCCCAUCCCUGCCGCUGGCUCCUCACUGGGCACAUGGUUUUCCCUGCGUCCCGGUGGUCCUUACUCGGGAUGAGACCCUGGAGCUGUGCUCGGGGGGUCACCCACCCUGCCCAUGGGGAUGCGCUGGCUGCCGGCAGCAAGCGAUGCCUGGCUGGCAGCCACCGCCUCUCCCCUCCCCGCGGCGUGGGGGACGCUGCCUCGGGGGGCACGGGUGGGCUGGGGGGGGCAGGGGGGUGCUGCAGCUCCCCCAAUUCACAGCGCUGCUCGAGCCCACUGGGUGACAUCUGUGCCAUGCCACUGUCCCUUGUCCUCCUCGCCUGGCAGGCGGCUCCUGGAGGCAGGGGGGUGUGUGUCAGGACGGGGCUGUGCUUUCGGGGGGUUCGGGAUGGGGCUGCCCAUUUUGGGGGUACGCAGCCCCUCUCACUGAGCCGUGGCCGGCUGCUGCCUGCCUGAACUGCGUGCUGCAGUGUGGUGAGGCAGUGUUUGCAGCAGCUGCUUGUACGGGGAUGCUCCGCCGGGGAGAGGAGCAGAGCAGCGCGUUCGGCACCUGGGAACUUGGAAAUACCCUGGAGCCGCUCGGAUGGAGCUCCGGAAGCGGUGCCGGGGUGGGUGGGUGCCGGGAAGCCCCGGCACGGGGGUGCCGUGCAUGUGGAGCAGCGUGUAGGUGCUGAAUGAGCGUGCCGUGAGUAAUGCGUGGGUGGGUGCCGGGGGUGGGGUGAUGCGGGCCGGCACAGCCCCCGCAGGGGCACGGAGCCCACGGGGCUCCUCCAGCUGCUGCAGCCCUUUGGUACCAGCACUGUCCCGUCCUCAGGGGGACUUGUCACCCCGCAUUGCUUGGGGACAGAGCUUCGGAGGAGAGCUGGGGCUCACCAUGUGCCGGUGCCCUCGCUGGGGCUUUUCCUCUUGCCGUGGCCUUCCUCCCACACCGCUUCCUCCUUGCCGGGCUGAGGAGCAGCGGUGCUGGCCCUGGGCAGCCUUCUUGCCUGGUCUCCAAGGCCUUUCCAGGCGUUAAUCGGCUCAGAGAGGGAAGGAGGAUGCGUUAUCCCCUCUUAUGGCAUGGGGGAGGAGAGGCAGGACGUGCCCGCGCCAGGAGUGGGUGUCAGAGGAAGGAUCCGGCCUCCUGGCAUUCCCAGCAGUGCCGUCACACCGAGGGGCUUUUCCUCCCUCUCCCACGAGCGUGACGCCGUGGCAGCACGCAGGGAGUGGGGAUGCUCGUGGAUCUGGCAGGAGGAUUUGCAGAGGGAGGAUUCGGCUCUGUUGAAGAUGUUCCCUGGGCACCGUGGUGGGCGAUGCUCCUGGCGCUGCCCUUGGCCGGUUGGAGUGGCUCGGGGUGGCAGUGCCAGCGCUGUCUCCCCUGCUCACUGGCGGUGCAGAACUCUUGGGUUUUGCCUCUUUGGCCGUGGAGGAGUCUGGACCGGGAGCUGAGGAUUUGGCACGUGCAACUUUGGCCCCGCUCUUUCCUGGCAAGGGGAUGGUUUGGCUCCAGGAACAGCCAAGGGCGUUGGCCGGGCUCCCAUUUCCAUCAUUCCCCGGAGGUUUUCUGCUCCUCUGGACCUGUUGGAUGGGAGUGAGCGGGCAGGGAGGGACGCGAGCGGCUCGGUCGGUGACUUGGCUUGCCGGAGGGUCCUUGUGGUGAUGCUCUGCUGGCUCAGUCGCCUUUUGACUUGGAAGAUGCAGCUUUGCUGGAGAUGUGAGCCCUGCAAGUUCCUCUCCAGAGCUGUGGCAUGGUGGCCCAGCUCCCAUUCACCUCUGGUCCUCUGUCUUGGAGGUGGUGCCUUCGUGCUGGAUGAGAAGCCCUGCAGAGGGGCAGGCAGUGGGUCCAGCCCCAUGCCGUGCCGAUGGAGGAGUCCUUCCCUGUCCCUUUCCCUGCGGUAGGAAUCUCCCGAGCUGGGAGCCCUGAGCGACCAGCUGGCCUUUGGAAAAACAGCUCGCUUCCUCCCGCUCCUCCGUGGAGAGGCUGGCGUUGGUGGGAGGGCUGCCUGAGCCAGGAACAGCGUGAUUCAGGAGCUGCUGGCGGGCAGCUCCGAGCGCUGCCUGCAUCCCAGUUUCCUGCUGGAGGGCUGUGAAUGCGCUGGGAUGGUACCCACUGCUCCCUGGGGAGGGUGGUGCCAGCCUGGUGUGAUGUGGGGCUGGACUGGGGGCACAGUACCUGGGCAGCACUCUCCAGAUGCUGGAGGUCUCUUCUGGGAUGGGUUUGGUGCUCCAGCUCCCACCACAGCUGCUUGUUUGUCCCCAUGGUGCGUGGAGGAAGCUCACGGAGAGGACACAGGUAGCUGCUGGUCGUUGCUGGGAGAUGAUUCCUCCCACGAGGCAGCUGCCAACACCGGAUGCUCAACGCGGGGCUGGUGGCGAUUAGAGGGAGAGGGCACAAGGGACCCUCAGGGAAGUCAUUUUCUUUCCUGCUCCAUCUCUGUGCCUCUCAGAGCACCAACCUGUUCUCCCAUGUGCUUGCUGAGCCGCUGCCCAGCCAGACACAUUCCCACCUGUGCCAUUCCAGGGAGCAAGGACCUGCAGCGGGGCUGCUGUGGGGCAGCAUCCAUGCAUGCAUCCCCUUUGGGAUGCCAGGGCAGCUGUCUGCCUGCCUGGGGAGAGUGGUGAUGGCUCCACAGGACACCCUUUGAGCCCAGGAAUGGGGUUCUGAGUCUCCAUCUCGCUGGGAAUGGGGCACCAAGCCACCCCUCAGAGCUGCUAAUCCUUCUCCUCCCUGGCCCCGUGUGACCUUGAGGCAUGUCACUUGACCUGCGCAUCGCCCUCCAUCCAUCUGGAAAAUCGGGUUUAAAACGCAGGAAUCGCACUGAAAGCCCAGAUGCUGCUUUCCAGCUGGGGGAGGGGGUGAGGGCUGUGCUCCCAGCCCCAGGGCUUCUCCCCACCGGGGAACAGGCAGUGCUUUUGGGGGGCUCUGCAUACCCCAAGAUAGCCAAAGGGACUGGGUUUGUAAUGGGGAGUGCAACCCCCACUGAGAUAUUUGGGGGGCUACAGAGGUGGGGCACAGGCGAUCUCCCGGCACCCCACACCCUGCCCUGGCAGUUGGGGUCCCUGCAGCAUGCUGUCCCUGCCCCCCACCCCGGGCUGCAGUCUCCCCCCAUCUUCAUUUCAUGGCGAUGGCUGCCUGCUCUCCUUCCCUGCUGGCCUCCAUAUGCCACGCUGGUGGCCUUGUCCUCAGAGAUCCCUGCCAUAUCCCGCCUCCACCGACGGGAGCGGGAUGUGUCAGAGCACAUCUCGUCUGGGCUCACCAGGGAGGAGAGGUCCCCAGGCUCCGGGCCCUGUGCCUGCUCCCUCAGCCGUCCCCGUGGGGGCACAGGGGUGGGGAUGAGUGCCAGGGGUGUGGGGCAGUGCUGGAAAUGGAUAGUGGGGCCUCUGUUAGCAGGCUGCAAUGCCAUGGCGGGUCAGGACGGGAUGCCCUCUCUGCCCCAGGGCAUGGGUGUCCGCUGUGGCAGGAGGGGAAGCCUUCCCAGGCAUCCAUGCCUUUGGAAACCUCUCUGCCAUGGCCGUGUCCUUCUCCCAAAGCACCUGCAGGAAGGGUCCUGCUUCAGCAGAGAUGCCUUCAGCCUCACCGAGUCCUGGAGCACCUUCCACCUCUGCCCUUGGGAUCAGAGGAGCUGGAUGCCCAGAUCCAGGCAUCCCCCAGCUUCACGUGAGCUCCUGCAGCGAGGCGGAUUUGGGGUUCACCUCGGUGCUGCCGUUCCCUGAUGUUGACCCCGUUUCCAAACCGCAGAUUCAGCCUUGAAACCUCUCUGAACUUGGCUGGGAAAAUCAAGUGGGUUUAAAAAUACCCUGUCUAUUUGUGCUCUGUUUCUUCUGGCGUCUGCGGGUUGUUUUCAAGCGUUUCCCUACAAAUGUGGGGGUGAGAAAACACUUUGAAUCGAGA